AUGGGACUCUCUACACCCUCUGAAAGAAAAUAUUUCAAAUUAUUUAACCUAGCCAAACAACUGGAUGAGUGUCAGCAUGAUUUAUUAAGCUAUCAUAAAAUGGAAAAGAAAACAGAAGAAGAGAAAACCCAGUCUGACCAAUUAAAAGAAAAAAGAACUAAUCAAGAAAAAAUAUGCAUUUUACAAAGUGUCAAUUGUGAAGAAGACGACAAAAACGAAAAGAAAAAUUCUACUACAGAGAAGAUUAUCAGAGAACAGAUAAAAAAAGAGAAAAAUUUAAAACUGCAUUUAACGAAACAUCCAUAUUAUAACUACUACUACUGCUGUAAAGAAAAAGAACAAAAAAAAGGUAUGCACAUUUGUUCAAAUAAGAACAAGAAUACAAACACCUUACAGUCUUAUGAACGAAAUAUAAAUAACAAUAAUAAUAGCAAAAACGCAAGCCUAAAUAUCCUUAAAAAAGAAGGCACAAGAGCAAAACGUCUACCGAAUGAUAGAAAAAAAAUAAAAUAUGGUGAAAACAAAACUUACCAUCAUAACAUAGUGAAUGGUACUACUAACAAGGGUAACGAGCAAAAGAUAAACUAUAUCGAUAAAAAUAAAUUUAUGUGUAUCUAUGGCAGAGAAAAAGCGCUAUCUAACAGCUCAACACAUUCUAGCGGUACUUCAACAAAGGGAAAAAGAAGUACUAGGAACAGCUCUUCCUUAUCGUAUUAUAUAAAUGAUGAAAAAAGAAGAGGAACCUUUUUAUAUGAGAAUAAUACCUUGGUGAAAAAUUUGAACAUAUUAGAAAGAACAAACAGUAAUAAUACGAAGAAGGAAAACAGUGGAAGUAAUCCCGACAACUUAAUUGACGAUACGCACAAUACCAUAUCAGUCUUAAACAAAUUAGAAGCAAAAAAAAAAAACAAAUGCCAAAAAAAUAAAAGUACACAAAAUUAUGCAUCCAAAUAUAACUGCUCAAAAGAAAAAAUGCCAAAAAUUUUAUCAAAAUUUUCAAGAUAUUCAACAAAUAGUCCGCACCUUUCGAAAUGUGUUUAUACCCUUAUGAACCCUAAAAAAAGUAAUAAGUUGUUACCUAAAAAAUGGAGUAUGCAGAAAGAAGUGGGAGCUAAAAACUACUCCCCUAUGAAGGUACAACAUAAGGACGUAAACAGCCAGAGUGCACAUAUCAAAACAUGCAAAGAACUAAUGAGAGCUUUAAACCGUUCCAGUGUUAUUAUCCUUACUAAUAAUCAUAAAAAAAAAUCAAGAAAAAAAAAAAAUGAAAGAAAGGAAAAUUUCAAGUAG